AUGAUGAAGAAAACUACAUUCAAUUUCCAUUUAUCCCUCAUUUUUCUUUUUGUAUUUUCAUGCUCGUCAUCAGCUUACGUUGAUAACGAUCACGAUGUUUUUCUCGAGUGCCUUGAAAAUUUCCACGACUCGAUUUCCAGCGUGACUUACACUCGAAACAACUCAUCCUACUUGUCCAUUCUUCGAUUUUCCAUUCAAAACCUUAGAUUCACUUCGCGCUCCACACCACAACCACGUGUGAUCAUAACCCCCGAGCACGAGUCCCAAGUCCCGCCCGUCGUCCAUUGCGCCAAGAAAGAAGGCAUCGAGAUCCGAACCCGAAGCGCGGGCCACGACUACGAAGGCCUAUCCUACGUAUCUCAAAACCCUAAUUUCGUAAUCCUCGACUUAAUCAACCUUAGUGAAGUAACCGUCAAUCUCGAGAAAAAAACCGCGUGGGUCCAAUCGGGCUCGACCCUCGGCUCCUUAUACUACAAAAUCGCCGAACGAAGCUCGACCCUCGGUUUUCCCGCUGGCAUUUGCCCGAGUGUCGGCGUCGGCGGGCAUUUCAGCGGAGGCGGCUACGGCAACAUGAUACGAAAACACGGCUUGGCGGCUGACAACGUAAUCGAUGCAAGAAUAGUGGAUGCGAAUGGUCGAAUUCUCGACCGACGCUCGAUGGGCGAGGAUCUUUUUUGGGCCAUUCGUGGUGGCGGGGGCGCGAGUUUUGGUGUGAUCCUCGCGUGGAAAGUACGCCUCGUGGAGGUCCCCGAACGAGUCACCGUCUUCACGAUCGGGCGAACUCUUGAGAAGAACGUGACUCGACUCGUGCAACGAUGGCAGAGCGUCGCCAAUGCAAUCGACCGAGAUUUGUUCAUCCGAGUAUUUAUCGAAAGGGAUCAAUUGGGUCGGAAUUUCACGAUCCGCGCUUGGUUCAAUUCGAUUUUCUUCGGAGGCACCGAGAGGUUGAUUUCGAUGAUGCAAGAAAAAUUCUCCGAGCUAGGGUUGACGAGGGAAGAUUGCACCGAGAUGAGCUGGAUCGAGUCUGUGCUUUACUUCGCGGGCAUUCCGAUAGAAUCGCGCGAGGCUCUACUCGAUCGGGCUCAACCCAAUGUAAGAUACUUCAAGGGAAAAUCGGACUACGUUCAGAGGCCUGUCCCGAAACAAGGGAUCGAGGGCCUUUUGAGACUAUUUUACGAGCCCGAAGGGGAGAAGGCAAGCAUCAUCAUGGUGCCGUACGGUGGGGCGAUGGACGAGUUUUCCGAGUCGUGGACUCCGUUUCCGCAUAGGGCCGGGAAUUUGUACAGUCUACAUUACGCCGUGUAUUGGGCAGAACACGACACGGAAAAUGCAGGUCAGUACAUCGACUGGAUCACGAGGCUUUACGAUUAUAUAUCUCCAUACGUUUCGAGCUCGCCAAGAAGGGCGUACGUUAACUAUAGAGAUCUCGACAUAGGAAAAAAUGGAGGAAAAUCUAGCCAUGCUCGAGCGAGUGUUUGGGGUCGGAAGUAUUUCGACCGAAAUUUCGACAGGCUUGUUCGGGUCAAAACCGAAGUUGACCCGCAUAAUUUCUUUAGGAAUGAACAGAGUAUUCCAUCCAUGGCAGCAGGAUUUGACUCGGCUUGA